UUUCCCGCUGGUGUGGUCAGCUUCAAACUCGAGAGGAGGAGCGAUCCAGACAAAGUGCAAAACAAGCCCAAACCAGCACACAACAGAUUCGAAGAUACUCAUCAACAAUCGAAGGGAAGCGGCCGACGGAGCUCUCAAAUCCCCGAUCCUCAUUAACAAUCUUAGGGACGCGUGCGACGGAGCGACAAAAUCUCCGUUCGUGACUCCUCAUGGACUCACCAUCGUCUCCUUGCCCUCCCACCACCGUCCGGCGAAACCCUCCUCGUAGGGCGAAGCAAACGGCCUACGCCGAAGCCCUACCCCUCGCCUCCCUUCCCCAGGACACUUCUUGCCCCGCUGACGCUGACAACCUGAAGGUCUUCCUCCGAAUCCGUCCCAACGAGGUCGCGCCGCCGAGGCCCGGCCGCAUACCCCCCAAGGCCGGCACCAGGGCACUGGCAAAAGGCGCGCCGCCGAAGAUGGAGAGGAGGCGGACCGGUGCGUGCUUGUCGGUGAACGGUCCCAGCUCUGUUACGCUGUCGGCGCCACCUCUGCUCGACCGGGGGCGGGCCAAGAACGAGGUCUACGACGGGUUCUCUUUCGUCUUCCCACCGGAUUCAACCCAGCAAGAAGUAUAUAAUAUGGCGGUGAACCCAAUCUUGAUGGAUUUUAUGGGGGGAAAGAGUGGUCUCUUGGUUGCGUUGGGACCCACUGGUUCCGGAAAGACUUACACCAUGUUUGGAUGUGCACGGAAUCCAGGUGUUGUGCCUCUCAUUUUGAAACAGCUUUUUGAUUGUCCAUCUCAAGGUGAUCUUCAUGAAAGGAGAUCAUAUUAUCUAUCAAUGUUUGAGAUACAUUCUGAACGGGGCAAAGGGGAAAGAAUCCUUGAUUUAUCUCAUGAUGGGGUCGAGCUGUCCUUUCAACAUUCUACUGUAAUAGGUCUUAAAGAGGUCAUGGUUUCAAAUAUUGCAGAAGCAGAGAAUGCACUGGCACUUGGUAUGCUUAAACGUUCUACUGCUGCAACGAGUGCAAAUGAUCAGUCUAGUCGAUCUCAAUGCAUUAUAAACAUUCGCAAGACUGAGAAGAGCCUCAGUGAGCACAGUGUUUCUCUACAUAGUGCUGUUCUCACUAUAGCAGAUCUUGCUGGAGCUGAGAGAGAAAGAAAAACUGGAAAUCAGGGUGCAAGACUACUGGAAAGCAAUUUCAUUAACAACACAUCAAUGGUUUUUGGUCUAUGUUUAAGAGCUUUGCUUGAACAUCAGAGGAAUCCAAGGAAGCCAAUAGAGAAGCACUUCAAGAACUCACUGUUGACCAGGUACUUGAGAGAUUAUAUGGAGGGCAAAAAAUGUAUGACUCUGAUCUUGAUGGUAAAACCUGGAGAAGAUGAUUAUGCAGACACAUCAUUUUUACUGAGGCAGGCAUCACCUUACAUGAAAAUCAAGUUUACCAAUCUUGAAGAUAUGUCAAGCUUACCUAAUCGAAAAAGAAGUACCACUUCACCUGUUAAAGUAGAUCAUCAUAAAAGGAGGAAGAUCGAUGUAUCUAAAACUUCAUUGGAUGAUGAAGGAAUACAUGGUAGUGACGGAAAUGUUGGAAUUAAAGCAUCCAAGAAAGAUGCUAGUUCGAAGAAGCUUCAGGAGAUCGGAAUACCACAAUCUUUCUCAAUUUCUUCAAAGAUUGUUGAACCUGCAACAAUGGAGACACCCAUGAAAGGCGCCCUCUAUAUUGAGCUGCAAAAAAUGACAAGACAAGAAGAAAUUAUGAGGAAUUUUUCGAAGGCUUUAUGGAAUGUUCUAAAGCAGUAUAAAGAGAAACUUAUGGUAAUUACUUCUCUGAUUUAUUCAUAUAUGGGCAUUGAUAUAAUUUUAGGGUGGUUGAAAUUUCUUUUGCCUGUUGCACCAAACCAUGCGAAUUUUAUGGACUCAGUCAAGGAGCAUUUCACUAAAAAGUGAAAAAUCAAUUUCAUCUCCUUUAUUUAGCUGUUGUUUCUAUAUACUCCCUAGAUUGUUUCUGUUAUGUUCAUUGUUAAUAUUAACAUAUAUUUCUGUUAAAUUUAUUAACGACAAUGACUUCUAUCUUUUCUUGGAAUAUCUUAGUCUUUUAUGCACCU